AUGCCAGAACGCCUAGCAGAAAUGCUCUUGGAUCUCUGGACCCCAUUAAUAAUCUUGUGGAUUACUGUUCUACCAUAUAUUUAUAUGGCUCCAAUGGCCCCAUCUCAGGUUUUACCAAAUGGAUCCAGUUUGGGACUAAAUGUGUUGAGUGAAGAACAGCGAGUUUUGAACCGCUCCAAGAGAGGCUGGGUUUGGAAUCAAAUGUUUGUCCUGGAAGAAUUUUCUGGACCUGAACCAAUACUAGUUGGCCGGCUCCACACUGAUUUGGAUCCUGGAAGCAAAAAAAUCAAGUACAUUCUAUCAGGAGAUGGAGCUGGGACUAUCUUUCAGAUCAAUGACAUAACAGGAGAUAUUCAUGCUAUAAAAAGACUUGACCGUGAGGAAAAGGCUGAAUACACGCUAACAGCUCAAGCAGUCGAUUGGGAAACAAACAAACCUCUGGAGCCUCCUUCCGAAUUCAUUAUUAAAGUUCAAGACAUCAAUGACAAUGCACCAGAGUUUCUUAAUGGACCAUAUCAUGCUACUGUUCCAGAGAUGUCCAUUUUGGGUACAUCUGUAACCAACGUAACAGCUACUGAUGCCGAUGAUCCUGUUUAUGGAAACAGUGCAAAGUUGGUGUAUAGUAUCUUGGAAGGACAACCGUAUUUUUCCAUUGAACCAGAAACAGCAAUUAUUAAAACAGCUCUUCCCAACAUGGACAGAGAAGCAAAGGAGGAAUACUUGGUGGUCAUCCAAGCCAAAGACAUGGGUGGGCAUUCAGGAGGCUUGUCUGGGACCACAACUCUCACCGUUACACUUACUGAUGUCAACGACAAUCCUCCCAAGUUUGCCCAGAGUUUGUAUCACUUCUCAGUACCUGAAGAUGUUGUUCUUGGCACUGCAAUAGGAAGAGUCAAAGCAAAUGACCAGGAUAUUGGUGAGAAUGCCAGGUCAUCUUAUGACAUCAUCGAUGGCGAUGGGACAGCUCUAUUUGAAAUUACUUCAGAUGCUCAGGCCCAAGAUGGCAUUAUUAGGCUGAGAAAGCCCCUGGACUUUGAGACCAAAAAAUCCUAUACACUGAAGGUAGAAGCGGCCAAUGUUCAUAUUGAUCCUCGCUUCAGCAGCAGGGGACCGUUCAAGGAUACAGCUACAGUAAAAAUCGUAGUGGAGGAUGCUGAUGAACCUCCUGUCUUCUCAUCACCUACGUAUCUUCUGGAAGUCCAUGAAAAUGCUGCCAUUAACUCUGUGAUUGGUCAGGUGACUGCCCGUGACCCUGAUGUCUCUUCCAGUCCUAUAAGGUUUUCCAUUGAUCGGCACACUGACCUUGAGAGACAGUUCAACAUUAAUGCAGAAGAUGGGAGGAUAACAUUGGCAACACCCCUCGACCGAGAGACGAGUAUGUGGCACAACAUAACGAUCAUAGCUACUGAAAUUAGGAACCACAGUCAAAUAUCUCGAGUACCUGUUGCUAUUAAAGUGCUGGAUGUCAAUGACAACGCCCCCGAAUUCGCAUCCGAAUAUGAGGCAUUUUUAUGUGAGAAUGGAAAGCCUGGCCAAGUGAUCCAAACAGUCAGCGCUAUAGACAAAGAUGAGCCCAAAACUGGACAUUUUUUCCUAUAUAGCCUUCUUCCUGAAAUGGCCAACAACCCAAAUUUCACCAUCAAAAAAAAUGAAGAUAAUUCUCUCAGCAUUUUGGCAAAGCAUAGUGGAUUCAAUCGCCAGAAGCAAGAAGUCUACCUUUUACCAAUUGUAAUCAGUGAUAGUGGAAACCCUCCCCUGAGUAGCACCAGCACUCUGACCAUUCGUGUCUGUGGUUGUAGCAGUGAUGGUGUUGUACAGUCUUGUAAUGUUGAAGCUUAUGUACUUCCAAUUGGACUCAGUAUGGGAGCAUUAAUAGCUAUACUAGCAUGCAUCAUUUUACUACUAGUCAUUGUGGUGUUGUUUGUAACUCUGAGACGACAUAAAAAUGAGCCACUGAUUAUUAAAGAUGAUGAAGAUGUGAGGGAAAAUAUCAUCCGUUAUGAUGACGAAGGGGGUGGAGAAGAGGAUACAGAAGCUUUUGACAUUGCAACCUUACAGAAUCCAGAUGGAAUAAAUGGAUUUUUGCCCCGGAAGGAUAUAAAACCUGACCUGCAAUUUAUGCCCAGGCAAGGGCUUGCACCUGUUCCAAAUGGUGUGGAUGUUGAUGAAUUUAUUAACGUGAGGCUCCAUGAAGCUGAUAAUGAUCCCACAGCUCCGCCAUAUGACUCCAUUCAGAUUUAUGGCUAUGAAGGCCGAGGCUCAGUGGCUGGCUCUCUCAGUUCCCUGGAGUCCUCAACAUCAGACUCAGAUCAGAAUUUUGACUACCUCAGUGAAUGGGGUCCUCGUUUCAAAAGACUUGGAGAACUCUACUCAGUUGGAGAAAGUGACAAAGAAACUUGACAGUGGAUUAUAAACUUCCCCAUGAAACUGAAAACUCAUGUAAUAUUCUAGGGCCAUCCCUGUUAGUUACAACCAAU